CCCCCGUGUCUCGCGAUGGAUCGGCCCGGUCUGGAGCGCCCGCACAGGCCCGGCCCGCCGGACCGCACCACUGAGGAGGUCGCAGAGGGGAGCGCGGCGGGGGCCGGGCUGGUUGCCGUGGGGAACGGAGGAGGCGUGCCGCCGGAGGGCGCGGAGGGGAGCGCGGCGGGGGCCGGGCUGGUUGCCGUGGGGAACGGAGGAGGCGUGCCGCCGGAGGGCGCGGAGGGGAGCGCGGCGGGGGCCGGGCUGGUUGCCGUGGGGAACGGAGGAGGCGUGCCGCCGGAGGGCGCGGAGGCGGAGCGCGGCGGGAAGAGGCGGCCCCCACGGCGGACGCACGCUGGCGAGAGGGGCGGGGCCUGGACGGGGAUGGGGGCGGAGUCUGUUUGGUUCGAGCGGGGCGUGUACGAGCGUGCGGAGAGCGCCUACCAGGCCUGGUUGGCCAGUGGGGGCGAGGGCGUGGCCGCGGGCGGCGACGUGGGAAGAAGCCCCGCCCCCCCGCUGCCUCGGCCGUUGGAGUGUCACCACGGAGACCAGGUUGCGUGUCGCCACGGGGACCAGGUGGCCUGCCACCACCUGGUGGGCUCGGUGUGGGUGAACCGGGCGGCCUUCGAGCUGGCCGAGUGCCGCUUCAUGGAGCGCGCCCAGCCCCUCCCCCUCCCGCCCGCCACGCCCUCCUCCCUCGCCAUCGACCGUCCCGAACGCCCGCGCCCCCCCCCUGCGGCCCGCCGGACGCCCGACGAGGGGUACCUGUCCCUCACGCCCACCCCCGCGACCCCCCCUCACCGCCAGUCCAUCAACGGCCUGCCGGGCCUCCCCCCCGACCUGCUGACGGGGGUGUGGGUGGAGAAGCCGCGCUACGACCAGGCCGAAGCCUGCUACUACCAGGGCCUCUGCAGCCCGCUGGCCCCGCCCCUGGCCCUGCCCGUGGCCCUAACCCCGCCCCCGGCCCCGCCCGCAACCCUAACCCCGCCCCCGGCCACGCCCGCAGCCCUAACCCCGCCCCCGGCCACGCCCUCCUGCAGCGGCUCCUCCCCCGGAGCCCCUGACGUUGCCGCCCACCCUCCUCCUCCUCCUCUUCCUCCCCCGCCGCCCCCCUCCCCCGGGGGCCAUGGCGGCGCGGGGCGGGCGGGGCCGGAGGUGCAGGAGGUGCUCUGCCUGCUGCACGCGGACAGCGAGCGGGCGUGGCUGGAGGCGGGGGCGUUCCACGCCGCGGAGAGGCGCUUCUACGAGCGGCGCGCCAUGGAGCUCCCGCCGCCUGAGGGCCGCCCGCCGGCUCCCAGCAUGCUUUGCCCCGACAGCGCAAUGGCUGGACUGGACUUCCUGGCUCAAGAGAAAAUCUGGUUUGACAAGUUCCGCUACGACGAUGCGGAGUGUCGCUUCUACGAGAGGACGAAUGGCCCCGCGCAGCCUCCGCAGGACACUGGAGCUAACACCAUACUGCAGGACAUUGCCAGAGCCCGCCAGAAUAUCCAGAAAUCCCUCGCAGGAAUGAAGACAUCACUACAGCCCGGAAAAGGGCAUCCCCGCACUUCUCAAAAUCGGCGUUCCCAGCCUGGUGUGGCGUGUGGAGCCGGGGACCAGAGCGAGCUCAUGGAGCGCAUGAAGAGCCUGGAGCUGGAGAACCACAGCCUGCACAGAGUGGUGGAUGAUCUGCGUUCGGCCCUCUCUAAGCUGGAGUCCAGAGUCGUGCUUCUGGAGAAGAGACCGACGGCCGCAGCACCGGCCCCGACUGCAGCUCCUGCCUGCGUCAAGACUGCACCCGCCCAGCAGCCAAAGGUCCGCGCCCCGGUGGAGGAUGAUGAUGAUGAUGAUCUGGACCUGUUCGGCAGCGAUGAAGAGGAUGAGGAGGCGGAGAGGAUCCGUGAGGAGCGUGUGAAACAGUACUCCGAGAAGAAGGCCAAGAAGCCCGCCCUCAUCGCCAAGUCCUCCAUCCUGCUGGACGUCAAACCGUGGGAUGAUGAGACGGACAUGGCUCGGCUGGAGGAGUGUGUUCGCUCAGUGCAGGCUGAUGGGCUGCUGUGGGGCUCCUCUAAGCUGGUGCCGGUGGGCUACGGCAUCCGGAAGCUGCAGAUCCAGUGUGUGGUGGAGGACGACAAGGUGGGGACCGACAUGCUGGAGGAGGAGAUCACCAAGUUUGAGGACUACGUCCAGAGUGUGGACGUCGCCGCGUUCAAUAAAAUAUGAGCCCUCCGGCCCCACUCCGCCCCCUGCCUUGACUGCUGCUGCUGCUGACGAUGACGACGGUUACCAAUAAAAAGCUCUGAAAACGC